AACGGGAGUUGGAUGAGACUUAGAAGUUCUUUGAGAGUGAGCUCUUGAGGGUAUAUGUCCCCUUUACCUACAUAACAGGCAUUUAACAACUGGUGUAUUCAAUUACCAGUGGUCCUUGAAGGAAAUCACUAGGAGGAAGGAGACAUUGAGUUUGAAGGAAUGAAGGGACAGCGCUGAGAAGCAGAGAGAGAAGGUUGAUAUGUCAGACCUCUCUCCAGAGGAGCAAUGGAGGGUCGAGCACGCACGCAUGCAUGCCAAGCACCGCGGCCACGAAGCCAUGCACGCUGAAAUGGUCCUCAUCCUCAUCGCUACCUUGGUGGUGGCCCAGCUGCUCCUGGUACAGUGGAAACAGAGGCACCCCCGCUCCUACAAUAUGGUGACCCUCUUUCAGAUGUGGGUUGUUCCCCUCUAUUUCACAGUGAAGCUGCACUGGUGGAGGUUCCUAGUGAUCUGGAUCUUGUUCUCUGCCGUCACAGCCUUUGUCACCUUCCGAGCCACCCGAAAACCACUAGUACAGACAACCCCAAGGUUGGUUUAUAAGUGGUUCCUGCUGAUCUAUAAAAUCAGCUAUGCCACUGGCAUCAUUGGCUACAUGGCUGUCAUGUUUACCCUCUUUGGUCUUAACUUGUUAUUCAAGAUCAAACCAGAAGACGCCAUGGACUUUGGCAUUUCUCUCCUCUUCUAUGGCCUCUACUAUGGUGUUCUUGAGCGGGACUUUGCAGAAAUGUGUGCAGACUACAUGGCGUCUACCAUAGGGUUCUACAGUGAGUCGGGCAUGCCCACCAAACACCUGUCGGACAGUGUGUGUGCCGUGUGUGGGCAGCAGAUCUUUGUGGAUGUCAGUGAAGAGGGCAUCAUCGAGAACACGUAUAGGCUGUCUUGCAAUCAUGUAUUCCACGAGUUCUGCAUCCGCGGCUGGUGCAUUGUAGGAAAGAAGCAGACGUGUCCCUACUGCAAAGAGAAGGUAGACCUCAAGAGGAUGUUCAGCAACCCCUGGGAGAGGCCUCAUGUCAUGUACGGGCAACUGCUGGACUGGCUUCGAUACUUGGUAGCCUGGCAGCCUGUCAUCAUUGGCCUGGUGCAAGGCAUCAACUAUAUCCUGGGCCUGGAAUAGUCAGGAAGAAGAGCAUCCACCCACCAUGGACCUCAGGGCACUCUCCUCCCUGCCCUCCAAGACCUCCUGGGUGGGAAAGACUCAAAGGGGCACUCGGGCCACUCAGGACCCUUCCGGCUGUGUCCGGGCUGGGGAGGGAUAUGAUGGAGAGCCAGCAGGUGGGGUUGUCAGCAGUGGGGGGCUUUUUAAAAGAAAACUAUUUUGAUGAAUAUAUUUAAAAACCUU